AUGGGGAUACUGCUGACACGUCCCCCUUCUCUCCCAGGUAUCGGCAAGGGACUGGUAGAAGCCUACCUGUCGCGCCCCGAUCAUAUUGUGGUCGGCAGCGUGCGCGAUAAGACGCAACCCUCCACUUCGGAGUUGAAAGGGCUGCCUGCCGCCUCUGGCUCCAAGCUCAUCCUAGUCAGCAUCGAGAGCACCUCUCUGACCGACCCUGCCAAGGCUGUCGAGGAGGUCCAAGCGGAAGGCGUCGACCACUUCGACAUCGUGAUUGCCAGUGCCGGCUGGUCGCCGCCCAUCGAGAUCGCCGACAAUGCGCAGAUCGAGGACGUGAAGAAGUCGUUUGACAUCAACGCCGUGGGCCCGCUGAUUCUCUACCAAGCCGUCAAGCCACUGCUGGAGAAGAGCAAGUCGCCAAAGUGGGUGUCUGUCUCGACAGCUGCUGCGACCAUCUCAGCCCUGGAGCCGUUUCAGGCGUGGGUCUGCGCGGCGUAUGGAUUGACCAAAGCGGCGCAGAACUGGUUCACCGUUGCGGUGCAUGCCGGAAACAAGAACAUCACUGCUUUCGCGAUUCAUCCUGGUCUUGUCCAAACAGAGAUGGGCAACGUGGGUGCGCGUAGCAUGGGACUGGAGAAGGCCCCGAACACUGUCGAAGAGUCCGCCGGCAAGAUCAUCGAUGUCAUCGACAAGGCCACCAGGGAAACUACAUCGGGGAAGUUCCUGAAUGUUAUCGAUGGCAGUGAGAUCCCUUGGUAG